AUGUCUUCAGUCCCAACAGGAGGCUUGAUUCUCGUUACCGGCGCCACUGGUUAUAUUGCUAGCGUAAUCAUCCAUGUCUUCCUACAGCGCGGAUAUGCCGUCCGGGGUACGGUACGAUCCAUUGCCUCAAGUGGUUGGAUGAAAGCCUACUUCGGUUCCAACUUCGAACUUGUUGAGGUAGCCGAUAUCUAUGCCCCUGGCGCGUUUCAAGAAGCCAUGAAAGGCAUCGAUGGUGUAGCCCACGUGGCUAUGGAUAUGGAUAUGAACCCAAAAAAUCAGGGUAUUAUUGGAAAAACUAUUCAAUCCAAUCUACGGCUUCUUGAGGCUGCAGCAAACGAAGGCAGCGUCAAGAGCGUGGUUAUAACGUCUUCGCUCGCCGCCUGCGCAAUUCCCACGACCGGCACGCCAUACACAAUUAACCCAAGUACGUGGAAUAAUGUUGCAAUUGAACAAACUACUCAGCCAUGGAAUGGUGAGGGCAACCCUCGUUGGCAUGGAAUCAAGCUCUAUGGUGCGGCCAAGGCCCGCGGCGAACAAGAAGCCUUUGCAUGGGUACAAAAGAAUAAUCCUCGGUUUUCUUUCAACACAGUUGUACCCAAUGUAAACUUUGGCAUAGCUAUGUCGCCAGAGCACCUGAGCUAUCGCAGCACCUCGGCCGUUAUCGAUGCCGUUGUUAAAGGUUACCCAGCUGCGCCAUCAGUGUUGCCGCCACAGUGGUACGUCGAUGUGGAAGAUACAGCAUUGUUGCACCUGGCAGCGUUGACACUUGACGACGUGAACAAUGAACGGCUCCUGGCCUUUGCCGGGAAAUACUCAUGGACACAGAUUCUUGAGAUUCUGCACAGACGCUUUCCAGAACAGAUCCUGCUAAAGUCUGUCGAAGAGUCUGUGGUGGAUGCUGGGGAAGUGGACAAUGAGCGCUGUAUCGAAGUGCUGAAGAAAAUGGGCAAGGACACAGGUUUUACGGCCUUGGAAGAUACUCUUGUCAAGGCGGUUGAUGUAAUCCUUAUGAACCAGUCCAAAGCUGUGCCCAAGACUAAGAUAGACUUGUAUUACGAGUCCCUCGCUGGGCCGUCGAACAUUCAUAGUUAG